AUGGGUAUUCUCAAUGCCCCAGGUAUUAUAAGAGUCAAAAGGAAGAGAGAGGAAGACUCUAUACAAGCGCUACUCCUCCAGGAGAAUGAGUCUGCCAAGCGAGGAAGAUUCGUAUUCAAGCUUGCGAAAACUGUGGAAACGGGGUCGGACGUGCAAAACCAAGAGCUGGAAACGCCUUUGUUAAAGCUCUCGAACGUUGGGAACGCCAGACAUUUCGUAUUAGAGCAACGGAAACGCAAGCACGAAGCGCAAGAACUGCCAGUAGAGAUCUCAGAAAUGCUUAACAAUUAUCUGAGUCUGGCGCCCUCAAAAACAGCAGAAAUUACCAAAUUGAAGAGACCUAAUCGCAGAAAAUCGGGGCCAGAGGUCAAGCCCGAGUCUCUGCCGUCACUUUCGUACGUUUACGAUAUCUAUUACCGGGAAGUGGUUCCGGAAGAUGAGUUUGUGUUUGACCCCAGCACAAUUGGGUAUAUCAGAAUUGUAGAAGACAGCGGCGAUCUGCUGGCGGAAGACGACGACGACGACAGAAGCGAGGUGUUUUCGGAUGACCAGGAUUCCAACGAAGAAUCUUUUUACCAGAACGACUAUCCUGAAGAUGAGGACGAUGAUCGGUCGGUGCUGUUUGGAAGCGAGGCAGAUCUGGAAGUGCGUCGAAAUGAGGAUGACGGCAGCGAAGAGUCCGAGGCUGAACAGUUGGAAGCGGACACCAUACGCAAUCACAUAGUGGCAAGUCUUGGAGACGACGAGACGGAUGCGCUAUUUGAACGAUACGCUGAGGCUCCGGACCUGCUGAAGACCGCGGGAGCCAAUUAUUUCGAUCUGGAUGACGAUGACCAUGAUGAUGAAAGUUCGGAGCUGGAGAGCGACGACGGCAAUGACGCAGGUAACCACAAAAGGCACAUUUUUUUCCCAUCUGAUGCAGAGGAUCCGAUGGCAAUGCACCGCGAUAAGAUAUUUGGCAAGCUGGAAAACAUGAUUUCAAAAAGGUGA